AGGACCAGGGCCACAGCGGCUCCGCGCGCAGGCGCGCAGGGGCAGAAAGGAACCCAGGGCGCUGGGGAUGGAGAGGGGGAAACUGAGGAAUAAAGAGAAAGGGAAGGAAGCGGAGAAGGAGAGCAUUCGGGCAAAGGGAAAGGAGAAGAGCGUUAGAAGAAACGAGAAGGAAGAGAAAGAGAAAAAGAAGGAAGGGGAGAAGGAGAAGACUAAGGGAAAAGAAAAGGAGAAGCGGAAAGAAGAGAAGGGGAAGGAGGACACGAGCAGGCGGGAAGAGGAGAAGGAGGCGGACGAGAGGCCAGUGCGAAGGAAGGAGGCCGAGGCGGCGGCCGCGCAGCCCUUCACCGGGAACGGAGAGGAGAACCGCGUGGGCGCCUCGCCGAGGGCCCCGCCCGAGCCCCGGGGGAAAAAUAAGCAGAUCCUGGUGCUGGGCCUGGACGGGGCUGGGAAAACCAGCGUCCUUCACUCUCUAGCUUCCAACCGAGUCCAGCACAGCGUGGCCCCCACCCACGGCUUCAACGCCGUUUGCAUCAGCACGGAAGACAGCCAGAUGGAGUUCCUGGAGAUAGGCGGCAGCGAGCCCUUCCGUUCUUACUGGGAGAUGUACCUGCCCCGAGGACUGCUGCUCGUCUUCGUGGUGGAUUCCGCAGAUCACGACCGACUGCCUGAAGCCAAGAAAUACCUUCAUCAGUUGAUCGAAGCAAACCCCAUCCUUCCCCUGGUUGUGUUUGCAAACAAGCAGGAUCUGGAAGCAGCCUAUCACAUCACAGAUAUCCACGAAGCGCUGGCACUAUCCGAGGUGGGGAAUGACAGGAAGAUGUUCUUGUUUGGGACCCAAGUGACAGAGACUGGCUCGGAGAUUCCGUCCAUCAUGCAAGACGCCAAAGAUCUGAUCGCCCAGCUGGCGGCAGAGGCGCAGUGACGGGCGAGGCCACCGCGGCUCCGGGUCUGACUGCCACCAGGCCGGCUUGCAGCCACAGGUUUCCACUUGCAGUAAAAAGGAAGCCAUUUCCUACUUCUCAAUGCAUAGCAUAUGCACAGAG